UCUCAAAUAACAAAUAAAAUUAACUGGCAACUUACUAACAAGUACCAGAUCGAAAAUAUAAUAUAAAAAUACGUUUCUGUAAUUUGUGACAAACUCGAUUUUCGUUUUAAUCUUGUCUUUUUUUACCAUACUUAAAGUAUAAAAAUGUUUSUCGUUGGAUUUUUCAAUAAUUAUCCCAGGCAUCUUAUGAUGGCGCUUAUAAUUACCGUCUAGUGCAUUAAAGUCCAAUUUUUAGGAGUGUGUUAAUCACAUAAUAGUUGAAGAUACGGUUGAAUUAUAAUAUAAUUUUUGUACUUUGGUGUGUCCAGAUCUCUUAGGAGAGAUCCCAUGGAUUCAAGUAAUGCUGCAAACGUUUCAGAUGACGAAGAAUCGUUUUAUGGCGUUUUUGUGGAAUCUGAUGUUGAUGAUAGUAGUACUCCUAGAGUGUUCACUAAUUUUCAAGAAACACUUUCUGCAGUUAAAUCCAACAAAACUGCCAGAUUCAAGCUGUUCAGAUCAGCAACUGAAGCUGAAAGAUUUAGCGUUUUUGGGCAAGAAAUACCUWUAAAACAGAUAGAAAAAAAUACUUGUAAUGUAUCUUCUAGUUUUACUUUUAAGUCUUUAAAAUCUGAAGAUCUGGUUGCAUUUCGUCGUCUAAUUGAAAGUGGAGAACUAGAUAAGGUGAAGCUGGCUGUAAAUUCAAAUCCGAGGUUUCUUGUUAGCAGUGGUGAUACACCAUCAAUAAUUCAAGAAGGAUGUCGAUAUAACGCUAUGCAUGUAGCCGCUCGAUAUGAUCAACCACAAAUUGUUCGUUUUAUAAUGGAGUGCGUUACUAGUUCAGAAUUUAUAAAAAGUUUAUAUGGUAUGGAACAAUCAUAUUUAUCACGGAGUGAAAUCAUUGCAGAUUUGUAUUUAAAUACACCUGACAAAGCUGCAAAUGAUACACCUCUUCAUAUUGCCUCAAAAUUUGGCCAUGUGGAUGUAGUAARAGAGCUUAUUUCAUAUGAUCAAUGUUUACUAACGUCUCUAAAUAAAUAUCUUCAAACUCCUAAGGAUGUUAUAUGUUCAAGAAACAACAAAGAAAUGUAUAAUGAAAUAUUAAACUUAUUAGAAAAUGGAUUUUUUGUUCCAAUGUGGAAAUCUGAUGAUGAUUGUGUUCAACCAACAAUUGGCAAACCAUUUUCACCUAAAUCCUCAACAAAAAUUCCUCAACUACAGAAUGACAAUCCUAAAUCAUUAAAUCCUAUACUUGAAUUAAGAGCUGUGGCUGGRCCAAUGAAUGAAUCACAAGCCUUAAAUUUUUGGAAGGAUUGGAAAUCACCAGUUCGGAAAACAUUAUUAUCUCCUUCACCAAAAAAGUCACCGUUAAGCCCAAAACAAAAUGAGUUUAAAAAUAAAAGUAUUGAAAAAGCAGGAAGAGAUUUAGCUGAAAAAAAGAAUGUUGGUUGGGCUGAAUAUUGGCCGUUUCUUGAUAAAAUAGUGGAUCUUAAAUCAAAUAGAGGUUUAGAUUUACUUGAAAAAUACUUGAGACAAAGAUUUAGUAUAAAAGAACAAGAUUAUCCUGUAGUAUCACCGCCACGAGCUGUUUUACUAAGUCCUAUGGAUGAAUUGUGUAAAGCAUUAGAGUCUAUGAGAAUUGGAACUAUUUUAAAUAGACGAAGUCCUCGAGAAAAUACAGUUGUAUCUUAUACUUGUGUUGUAAAAUCUUGUAAAGUUUUAGCAGAACGUUUAUCAAAUGUAAUAAUAUCUGAAUAUAAAAAUAAUAUUCUAGGCAUUGAAUCAUUAGCUAUUCGAUUAUGUCAUGAAGUUAGACAUUUAAUGGGUUUAGAAGAUAGUUUUUACUCUGAUAAUCGUUUUGAUUCAAAGGUUAAAGGAAAAAUUCACGGAAAAGUAGCUGAGCAUCUUUGUCAAUUGUUAAUUAAUAAUUUGGAACUUGUGAGCAAUGUUUCUUUAAUMGUUACUAAACUCCAAAAGUAUUAUGCAGGUCUAGUUUAUAUUAGAGUAUCCUCAAUUAAUUUUGGUUAUGACUCAGACGAUGACGUUUUUUCAAGUGCCCCUACGAGUCCAUGUCAUGAAUAUUCUUCGUCUGAUGAAUCUGACGAACCAAAUGUGUAUCAUAACGCCGAAYGUGAUUUUUCUUAUUUAUUAUUUUCAAGAGAUGAACCAAUAGAUUAUGAUUAUGAAAUAUUUGAUGCUAUUAAUGGCAUAAAUGUAGAUUCCGACAAAUAUCCAUGGCUUUAUAGGUGGUUGUAUUCAAUGAAUGACUACAUUAAUUUAAACGAUCUGUGAUAAAAAAUGAAUGUUAUGUAUAUUAUCUUUUAAUGUGAUGAUUUAUUAUUUAAG